GAGUCUAGCUCUGUGUUUGAAUGGGGCCAGCGGCAUCAGGGUCCGAGCCAAGACCCAGGAGACAAGCCUACCAGGCAGGUGGAGCACCAGCUGAGCUGUGAGACAGAAUGGGACAUGGUUCACACUGUUCAGUUCAGGAAGAAAUCCAGCAACCAUGAAGGUGCUCCUCCUCAACCCGCUCCCAUCCCAGAGAAGAGUAAGGGUUCCCGGCUGUUCUUCCGUCUCAGUGACCUGGCCUCGGUCAGGGUGAAGGAGGAGGGCUGGUCCUACCUGGUGUUCACCCUCAGAGACCACAACAUGGGGGUUGAGCUGCCUGCCCUACACUUUCACCAGGGAGGUAGUGAAGUCUUCCUGGACUGUCUCAGGAAGUACAUGCUGCUGACAGAGUACGUAGACCAGACAGUACAUAUACAUGUUGAGAUGCAUGCUGCUGACAGAGUACGUAGACCAGACAGUACAUAUACAUGUUGAGAUGCAUGCUGCUGUCAGAGUACGUAGACCAGACAGUACAUAUACAUGUUGAGAUGCAUGCUGCUGACAGAGUACGUAGACCAGACAGUACAUAUACAUGUUGAGAUGCAUGCUGCUGUCAGAGUACGUAGACCAGACAGUACAUAUACAUGUUGAGAUGCAUGCUGCUGUCAGAGUACGUAGACCAGACAGUACAUAUACAUGUUGAGAUGCAUGCUGCUGUCAGAGUACGUAGACCAGACAGUACAUAUACAUGUUGAGAUGCAUGCUGCUGACAGAGUACGUAGACCAGACAGUACAUAUACAUGUUGAGAUGCAUGCUGCUGACAGAGUACGUAGACCAGACAGUACAUAUACAUGUUGAGAUGCAUGCUGCUGACAGAGUACGUAGACCAGACAGUACAUAUACAUGUUGAGAUGCAUGCU